AUGGCGGUCCCAACAAAGCCUGCUUUUAUCCACUAUGGCGACUUCGAUAGUACCACCCGCAAACUUCCAGUGAUGGAAUUCAUGGAGCGCUUCCGAGACGACUACGACACAAAGUCCUUCAAUCCGAAAUGGUAUGCUCCAGACCUUACGUAUGUUGGGCCGGACGGGACUGUGUACGAGGGCCGUGACAAAGGCAUCGAAGCCCUCAAAGCCCUGUAUGGCCCGUUGCCCGGCUGGCGUCACGAAGCCUUCUAUCUGAACUGCUACGAGAUCGACUCUGGCUACGAGAUGAUUGGUAAAGCAACCCUCUGGGGCAACCUUCCGGGCGAGCCGGGCGAGGGAGAGUCGAAGAAGACCGAUGCGGACGGGAAGACGUGGGACCUGGCUACCCCCGGCACAUAUCGAUUUCAGUAUGUCAAACACGGAGACAGCUUUGCCGUGAAGAGGAUCGAGAUCACUGGGGACUCGAGUCCGUUGAUGGUCGGCCUGCUCAAGAGGGGUGCUCUUUCUACCAAGGAUUUGGGGAUCUGA